AAUAUGGCUGCUGCCUACGAACUUCCUUCCUUUUUUUCCCUGGCGCUACGUAGAGACGCUGCGCCGGAAGUACAAGCGAGCCGGUGACCGGAAGCGACUGGGAGAGACUUCAGUGUUCAGAUCCCAAGGGAACCUGCUGUGAGAAGCGAUGGCAUCGCUGGGCACCAGCGGUCAGUCUGUUACAGAGUAUGUUGUGCGUGUCCCCAGGAACCCGAGUAAGAGAUACAGUCUCAUGGCAUUUAAUGCUGCUGACAAAGUGGAUUUCUCCACAUGGAACCAGGCUCGCAUGGAACGCGACCUGAGUGCCAAAAAGAUGUAUCAGGAAGAGGAGAUGCCGGAAUCUGGGGCUGGCAGUGAGUAUAACCGCAAACAGAGGGAGGAAUCCAGGAGGAAGAAAUAUGGGAUCAUUUUAAGAGAGUUCAAAGUAGACGACCAGCCCUGGAUUCUGAGGGUGAAUGGCAAGGCAGGACGCAAGUAUAAAGGUGUGAAGAAGGGUGGAGUGACGGAAAAUGCCUCUUACUUCAUCUUCACACAGUGCGCAGAUGGAGCAUUUGAAGCAUUUCCAGUCUCCAACUGGUAUAAUUUCACUCCAGUUGCCAAACAUCGCACGCUGACAGCUGAGGAGGCCGAGCAGGAGUGGGAAAGACGCAACAAAGUACUCAAUCAUUUCACCAUUAUGCAGCAGCGUCGCCUGAAGGACCAGGUGGGAGAUGAAGAUGAAGACGAGGAAGGUGGAGGAAAAUUGGAAAAAGGAGGAAAAGGCAAGAAAAAGAAGAAAAAAAGUGACCUUAAAAUCCACGAUCUAGAGGAUGACCUUGAAUUGAGCUCCACUGAAAGCGAGAACAGUGAUGAGGAGGGAGAGAGUCGCAAAAAACCCCAAAAGAAAGUUCCGGCCAAGGGGGGUAAGAAGAAGAAGCGGAAGUCUGACGACGAGGCUCUGGAGGACAGUGACGAUGGGGACUUUGAGGGACAGGAAGUAGAUUACAUGUCCGACGAGAGCAGCUCUGAUGAAGAGUUGCCAGGGAAGAUCAAACCUGCCAAAGAGGAGGAAGGCCCUAAAGGAUUAGAUGAGCAGAGUGAGAGCAGUGAGGAGAGCGAGGAGGAAAAGGCUGAGGAAGAAGAAGGAGAAGAAGAGAAGAAGGCCCCCACCCCGCAAGAUAAUAAGAAAAAGAAGAAAGGAGACAGCAGUGAUGAAUCGGAGACAUCUGAGGACAGCGAUAUUGAUGGAGCUUCAUCGUCCCUCUUUAUGCAGAAAAAGAAGACCCCGCCCAAGAAGGAUAAGAAAGGGGGCUCCAACAGCAGCUCUAGAGGGAACAGCAGACCAGGAACCCCAUCUCCAGACACAGGAAACACAUCCAGCACCCUGAGAGCUGCAGCAAGUAAACUAGAACAAAGCAAACGAGGAACAGUCUCGAACACUCCUGCGGCGAAACGUCUCAAGAUGGAAGCGGGGCCGCAGAACACUUCUGGCAAAUCCACUCCUCAGCCACAGUCUGGGAAGUCUACCCCCAGCAGCGGGGACAUUCAGUUGACAGAGGAAGCUGUUCGCCGGUACUUGACCCGCAAGCCCAUGACAACUAAAGACCUUCUGAAGAAAUUCCAAACCAAAAAGACAGGUCUGAGCAGUGAGCAAACAGUGAAUGUGCUGGCCCAGAUCCUAAAGAGACUGAACCCAGACCGGAAGGUUGUGCACGACAAGAUGCACUUUUACCUUAAGGAGUGACCUGCUUGUGCAUCACACACUGCAGGCACCUGUAUAUUUGUAUAGAGUAUGUACACACAGCCCCUACAGAGAACUGCGCAGCACAUUGUGUGCAACUGUCAGUGCAUGAGUGUGGGGCUGUGACAGUUGGGUGCAGCUGCCAGUUGUGGACAUUAGUGAAUGGUUUUUCUAAUGGGUUUAGGACCAAGAGCCACAUGUUAAAGGUAAAAAUAAAGUUGUGUGUUUUUUUAGUA